CCCUCCCUCCGCCGGCUGACGUCAUCGGGGCAGCCGAGGGAAGAGGCCGGGCGCAGACUGAGAACUGUCCAAGAUGGCGGCGGCCGGAGCGUACGCGAAGGGGGACUGAGAAGAGGCACCCAGAGAACGGGGCGCUCCCUCGCUGUCGUCGCCGGCGCCGCCGCCCACCCCCCGCAGCCGGGAGGGCCUGAAAUUGUGGGGGGGGAGAAGUCACCGCAGCCCACCCCCCUCCACCGGCCUUGGCAGCACCGGGCGUUGCUCCCUCAGCCUUGGCUGCUCCAUUUCCGCCCCCCCCCCAGCCUUGGGUCACUGUGGUGUUUUGCGGGGGGCCACACACAGACCUGACUAGGCCCUAUUAUUAUUAUUAUUAUUUUGAAGGGGGUGUGUGUGUAAGUAAAGGUCCUUCCCCUUACCCCCCCGCCCCAAUUCAAAAGUCUGUCAAGACGCCCCUUUUAAAAUAAUAAAAGUGAAGAAGGGGGAGAACCCCAUUUGGCUGGGUGUCUCCCCUUCCAGUUGAGGGUUUUGGAGGUAGGCCUUUCCUUUUUGUUUUUCCCUUCUCUCUCUCUCCCCCCACCCUUUGAUUUUUCUAGCAAGUCUUCUUUUCUCCCCCCCCCCCCACCCCGCUUGGCACACUCCCAUAUUUAUGUAGAGAGUCCUAAUGCCAACCCCCCCAGCCCCGUUUGGGCAAAGCCGCUUCUCUUUCUCCACUCCUGAGCUGCAUCUCUCCCCCCCCCCCCAGCAACGCCCCCCCACAACAACUUUGUGGCUUGACAGACAAACUCCCCCCCAUCACUUUUUUCAUUUCCUCUUGGCAAUUGGCUUAACUUCUCCUCCCCAUUCUGGUUUCCAUUAAACCCCCACCACCACCACCACAACCUGCCCUCCCAGACUGAACACCUUCUAUGGGAGACUCCCCCACAGGCUGGACAUUUUCUCCUCCCACCCCAUCCUCCCAGGGCACUUAUUGUGCCCCCCCCGCUUCCCUUGUGAUUGUCACCUAUUCUGUGCUGUUGGGGGGCAUGGCUUUUUAAGAGGCCUUCCUUGGUAAACGCAGCCCUCUUCCUUCUUGAGUAAGAAGUCGCGGCUUUGUGGUGGGUGGAUCUGGCGCCUCUCCCCCCACAUCUUAGCACAGUUAUUUCCCAAUCAAACUCCGCAUGAAGCAGCUUCACGUUUGCCUCGCUAUCUUAGGGGGCUGCCCCGUUCGGCCUCCCUGCCCUGAGCAUCGGGUCACUUUCGGGUUUAUUGAAACGUGUGUAUUGGACCAUAUAAGGGUGAUUUGUCCUCUGUUUUUGUGGCCUCAGGAUAUUCUCUUCUGGAGUAGCGUUUAUUUUUCUCCUGUGGGGUGGAAGUGAGACUUCUUCUUCUUGCACCUUCUUUUUGAGUGCCUUCUCCUGCCAGAGUGAAACUGCUCUGCACCCAAAGCGCCUUUGCACGUGUGAACUGGGCUUUUACCUCCCUCCCUGUGAGAGGACACUGCUGUCAAGAUGUCGGAGAAUCAAGCCAACCACCACCAUCCGAUGAACAACAACGUGGCAGCUGGGGCCCCUCCGGGGAACAACCGUGGGGUCCGCAACUUCAACCAGAACCCCCUCAUCAAUGUCCGUGAUCGCCUGUUCCAUGCGCUGUUCUUCAAGAUGGCUGUCACCUAUGCCCGCCUCUUCCCGCCGUCCUUCCGUCGCGUUUUUGAAUUUUUUGUGCUCCUCAAGGCUCUGCUUGUCUUGUUUAUCCUGGCUUACAUCCACAUUGCCUUCUCCCGCUCACCCAUCAACUGCUUGGAGCACGUCCGAGACAAGUGGCCGCGGGAUGGCAUUCUGCGGGUCGAGAUCCAGCGCAACUCCACCCGUGCCCCCAUCUUCCUCCAGUUCUGCGACGGCGAGCGGUUUCCAGGCAUGGUGGUUGAGAUGCCUGUUGGGGAGGAGGAGGAAGAGGAGGAGGAAGAGAUGACCGUGGAGAUGUUUGAAAACAGCUCCAUCAAGUUUGAACUGGACAUUGAGCCCAAGAUCUUUCUCAAACCGUCCCGGGUGAGCGGCGCUAAGGCGCCAUCCCCCAACGGAAGCCAGGAGUUCUCAUUCGCCAGUGAGCCGGCUCCUAAAGGUAUGCAGCCUCUCAGCGAGACUGUGUCCGAGUUUGAGAUGCUAGCCAAAGCAGUCUGGCCACAGGAAGAGUAUAUUGUCGAAUAUUCCUUGGAAUACGGCUUCCUGCGCCUGUCUCAAAGUACCCGCCAGCGCCUCAGCAUUCCGGUCAUGGUGGUGACGCUGGAUCCCACCCGGGACCAGUGCUUUGGGGACAGGUUCAGCCGCCUCUUGCUGGAUGAAUUUCUCGGUUAUGAUGACAUCCUGAUGUCCAGCGUGAAAGCCUUGGCUGAAAAUGAGGAGAAUAAAGGAUUCCUACGCAACGUGGUGUCCGGGGAGCACUACCGUUUCAUCAGCAUGUGGAUGGCCAGAACGUCGUAUCUUGCAGCCUUUGUCAUCAUGGUGAUCUUUACCCUGUCCGUCUCCAUGCUGCUGCGGUACUCUCACCACCAGAUCUUUGUCUUCAUCGUGGACCUGCUGCAGAUGCUGGAGAUGAACAUGACCAUCGCUUUCCCGGCCGCCCCCUUGCUCACCGUCAUCUUGGCUCUCGUAGGCAUGGAGGCCAUCAUGUCCGAGUUCUUCAACGACACCACCACGGCCUUCUACAUCAUCCUCAUCGUGUGGCUGGCAGACCAGUAUGACGCCAUUUGUUGCCACACCAACACCAGCAAGAGACACUGGCUAAGGUUUUUCUACUUGUACCAUUUUGCCUUCUACGCCUACCACUACCGCUUCAAUGGACAGUACAGCAGCUUGGCCCUGGUCACCUCUUGGCUUUUCAUACAGCAUUCCAUGAUCUACUUCUUCCACCACUACGAGCUGCCAGCCAUCCUUCAGCAGAUCCGGAUCCAAGAGAUGCUGCUCCAGAACCAGCAGGUGGGAGCCCAGACCACCCUCCAGGACAACCUCAACAACAACACGGUCGCCCCUGCUGACCCGGCCGGCCAGCGGCCCCACCUGGAUGCAGGCCCGGCUGGGAACGGGGGCAACCCCCUGGUUUCCCCCGAGGGCCACGCAGCGGCCGUCAUGGCGGCCGCCUCCCUGGGCAGCGACUUGAACUGGGUGGCGGAGACGGCGGCCGUCAUCACGGAAGCCUCCUUCCUCUCCGACUUGAGCUCCUCCCUCUUGGACCCGGGCGCAGGUCAAGGCCCAGCGCCCAGCGCCGGACUUCAGGACGCGGCAGCGGCGGCUUCUUCGAGCGUGGUGACCCGGAUCCUCGUGAGCAGCGACCACCCGGAGGCUCCCGUGGGGUCCAUCACCAUCGAAGUCACGUCGACGGCUGCGUUUCCCUCUGCACCGGCCCCUUCCCCUGCGCAGGGGGUGCCUGCUGCCGCUCCGCUCCCGUCGGGCGAGGCCACUCCCCAGCCGGAUGGGGCCCCGGAGGACUCCGCCAGCCCAGCCAUGCCUCCAGACACAGACUGUGGCGCGGGCCCUUCCUCAUCGUCACUGGGCUCCGCCUUGAGGAAGGCCCCGGGACAGGCCCCCGAGGAGUCUGACGCCCGCUCAACACCCCCGGACACUGCAGACCCAGACCCCCGCUGCCUCUCCUGAGUCCCCGCUAUCCAGAGUGGACGCGGACACCUUUCUGUUCUUGUUUCCCGUCCUUUCCACGCGCACCCAUAGUUCCUCUGAAUGGAGCAGCCGAGCUGGAACCCCGUCUCCGCUGGGAUCGAACUUCCCCUCUCAGCCCAGGAAAGAGAAUGUGAAUGAAGAAGCGGGUUGCAGUUUGUAGGUCUGAGUCCCCAGGUCCGAAUGAAGGGAUUCCGGUUGCUCCCCUCGUAGCCAACACCACGGCUCCUGCAUCUUGUCCUGUCUGGCCGACCCAGAACCUUUUCCUGGGAAUAUCACAGGGAGCUCCCUUUUGGUAUCCUCUGGAGAGCUUGACCUAACUUCUUACUUGAACAUCUGGGUGUUUUGGCUUCCGGUUCGACCAAGAAAGGGGGAACUGGAAAAGAGAUCAGGUAUCAUAGCAAACAGUAUUGAAUGCAGGUCGUGUUUGGGGAGGGCUGGACAUGUGAGUGGGGGAGGAGGAAAACUAACUCGCAAGUGGAAAUGGGUGGCAGAAUAGAUCUGGAGUUCAUUUUUUAAAAUCUGGGGCGGCUAGCGAGAGCUGCCGUGUCAGAGUUUCCAAUCUCGCAACACCAAAGUCUUAGAAACGCAGCCCUGGUCCCUGGCCGUGUGGGCUUAUCUUCUUUUUAAAACAAAUAGAUUAGAAGAAUCUCUUUAAGAGGGAGGCAUUAAUAGGAUUAUUAUUAUUUAGGGGCUGUGGUGGAGUGUAAAUCGGGAGACUCGUGCUUGGAGAAGGAGCAGCAGCUGGGCUGGUGGCUGUCUGCCUCCCUCGGAGGCGGAGUGCCGCUUCCUGGGAAUGCCUGCUUCCGUUUUGGGAAGCCAGGGUUGUAAAACAAGGAUUGCCUGUCACAGCUGGCUGUGUGGGGGGUUUGUGGCUGGGCUGGUGUGUGCUGCUGCUUUCCCCAUCUCUUCCCAGAAUUCUGCCUCUGCGUAAGUGGGGAAAAACAACCAGCCGCUCUAGGGGUGGAUUUCCUUGCAUUGCUGGUCCCAAUUUCAGUCCGACCUCAGCUGUUGCUUGGAGGCCGGGAGAGAGGUGUGGGUGUAGUCUGUUGGGGUGAGGAGUGAAAUUGUGGGUUAGACUAGAUCAAACAAAACUGAGUGAAAAUUAAUUUUCCAUUGUAUUAUUGGACUGUGUGUUCCCUGCCUGCUGCGCCACACAUUUCACCUCCAGAAUCUCCUUUAUGGUGCAUGGUGACGUGGGGAGUUUUCCUCUCCUCCUUCCUCCCCCAGUGCCUUGUCCUCUGAGAUGCCUUCAUAAGCAUCCAACCCCACCCCGCACUCCCCUUCCUGGAAAUGUGGCUGCAUAGAACCGGCCCCUAGAGACUGUGAAAGCCACCACUUGCUGGAAUGGAGCUCACCCCAUAGAUGGGGGUCGGUUGUAGCAUCGCAGCUGGCUUUUAGUUGGUCCCCAAAUUGUGGUACUUGAGUGCCUUCGUAGACGCACCAAAAUUUAGCAAUGGCAAGGAAUAUUGGGGGUCAGAAAGGUCCUGAGAGCAGAGCUGUGAAUUCCCCAAGAGGAAUGUCCUGCCAAAUGUGCAGGAACAACAGUGCCCUGGGGAUUUUGGAGGCAGCGUAGGCUGCAAAAAGGUGCCACCCGGGGACUGAGGACAGCCCUCCCAGAGAGAGCGGAAGGAGAACUGCUCCGGGCCGCGGAAAGGGUCUCAGGACUUCAUCCUCGCUUAAACUGUAGGCAGCGUCCCAGAUUCUUCUGUUUUUGGUCAAGUAGGCGAGAGCCAUCUUUGCGCUGCUGUAUUCCAAAUAAAAGCUCAACAUGAAAAAUGAAA